UGAAUGUGGAUCAUACCAUUGAAAAUAUAUAACAUUUGGAAUCUAGUUUCGCUUUACUUUUUAUAAGAGUAAAGUGCUGUAUGAAAGAUAUCUGAAAAAAACAAUGGAUGCUCUAAAUGGAUCGAUGAUUGAGGAAAUAGGAGAUCUUGAAGAAAUUUUAAAAGAUGUAUCUCAAAUGUCUCAUGAAGAUAUGAAACGACAAAAUAGGAAUUUACAAAAAUUUCUUGUGAAAGUAAUUGAUUUACUAAAAGAAAAAACUGAUCGGUGCUCUACACAAGAAAAACACAUUGAAGCACUCACAUUACAAACAAAGUCACUAAAAGAAGUUGUCCAAAUAACUAAGCAUAUGUUAGAAAUACGCAAUACUGAAGUAAAUCACAUGUCUGAAGAUUUGGAAAGUUUACAGGCCAAAAUUAACGAUGAAAGAAAUCGACAUGGUGCAAUUAUCGAAAAAAUGAAUCAAGCUGCUAAGUUAAAUGAUGAAUUACGGGCGGAGUACAAACAACAAUCAGAACGAUUUGAAAAAAUGCGUGUCAAAUAUGAUGAAAGGUUUAAUAUAAUUACCGAGGAAAAUAAAAUAUUAAAAGAAGCUUUAUCAAAUACUGAAGUGUAAUUGUAAUAUUUAUAAACAUAUUUGUUGAAUUAAAAAUAACUAUUUGAAAAAAAAAACCAUUCAAUUAAAGUUAAAAUAACAUUAAAUUUUUGCUUGUUGAUUGUUAUAAAAAAAUUGUUUUUACACUUAAAAUCAUUUCAGUUCAUAUGAAAAAAACCUUGAAAAAAUUGAUCUACACCAUUUAUAUAUCUUCUUUGCAAUAGCGUACCAGAUCAUAUAAUGAUUCAAUAGUUUAAGCUCAAUUUAUCCUUAUAUUAAUGAAAAAUUACAUUUUUUAUGUAAAUAUCAUUUUUUAUUAUUUCAAUAACAAUAACAUACUUAACAAGUGCAAUAGUAAAUAAUAAUUAAUAAAUUUAUAAUGUGAUAACUAAAUAACAUUCUAAAAUUAAAAAUUGUCAACAUGAUAUAACAAGAUAGUUUUUAAAAACUGGCAGUGAAAACAGCCCUUAAUAACAAGGCACAAAUUAAGGGAGCUAUAAGGGGUUUAGUCUCUCCAUAAUUUAAAAAAAACUA